AUGGCAGAUGGAGGACACAACAGACAAGGACACAGGAAUGGACAAGGACAUGGAAGGAUGGACAAGGACAAGGAUGGACAUGGACAAGGACAUGGACAAGGAUGGACACACAGGACAAGGACGGACAGGACACGAUGGACAACGAAGGACACACACAUGGACAAGGACAAGGACAAGGACAAGGAAGGACAGGAUGGAUGGACAAGGACAGGAUGGACACAUGACAACGAUGACACACGAGGAAGGAUGGACACAUGGACACACACGGAUGGACAGGAAUGGACUGAGCUGGAGGACAGCACGAAGGACAAGAAGACAGGAUGGACAGGAUGGAAUGGAUGGACUGACACAAGGAUGGACAGACACACAUGGACACAUGGAGACAAUGGAUGA